AUGGCCGACCGCAUGGAGAUUGACUCCGGUGACGAUAGUCGCGAGAUGACUGACGCGAAUCAGCAACUUGAACGCGAACUUCUUCAGUGCCAGAAAGGAUCAUCCCCAACUGCUGUGCAUUCGCGGCGAAUUGUCUCGCUCGGCGUUUCUCCUCAUUACGUGAGUCACUGGACCUCUGCCGAUGCCUUUCGGGAACUAUAUCAGAAUUGGAAGGACGCCAUAUUGGAACGGUUCCAGAUCGAUCGAAUCGCCUUCCGGCCAUACUUCGUCGACGCCUGCGAUCAUUACGCCGUCUUGGUACCAGACCCCGCGGACCCCGAGGGCCGCCGAUCCCUGGGAUUCAUCAAGUAUGACAAAAAGUCCAGUCGGGUCACUUUGGCGAACGCCUGCCUGCAAUUGCCCUUUGAGGCUCUCGAGUUGGGCUUCACGACCAAGGGCGACUAG